AUGCCCGCAACAACCAGAUUGCUGGUUGAAGCAGUGCUUGUUGGUUUGAAAGCUGUUGCUGCCUCUCGACCUCUACGGCGCUUUAUGACCCUCAGUGAAGUGCAAUCAGAGAACGCCUGGCGGGAAAAGUUCCGAUUCAAAAGCUUUGCAUUUCACGUGUUCGCGCCCGCAACAACAUGCCGGCUGUGCAUUGCGGAAAGCUUGGACUUCGCCGUGGACAUCUUUCCUGAAACGCGUAGCAGCGUCCUGGACGAGAUAGAUCAGUUGGAUCUUCUGGAGUUGUUGAUCUUCCUUUGGGGAUACAACUUCGAUCUGCGUCAAAUGGUCGAGUACCGUUUCUUUCACGAUUGCCAUUUGGGGAACAUCCUUGUGCUACCUGUGACUGCGGGCAGCAAAUCAGGGCCACCGCGCGGAAAGACACUUCGCUUUGCGUGGCAUGACUUCGGCAGCCACAGCUUCCACAGCAGCCCUUCAGGCGACGAAUUGCAAAAGUUUGCAAACAAAUAUGACGAAGCAAUGAAUGCAACUGUGAGGAGGCUCGGGAACUUGAAUCCCAAGCUGGAAAGGACUCUUGAGCAAGUGCAGAACGCCAUCAUGAAGUGGCGUGAUCCGGAUGCCGGACGCAUCCAGUCUACCAUGAUGCAGAUGUGGAUUUGGUCUGGUGACUCAAGAGCUCGCAUCAGCGAGUUGCAAGAGCUCGCUCCGAUCAGCUCUGCAGUCACGACCUCAACGUCAUCCGUCGUCUGGGUGCGGGAGCUGAUCCGCAAGGGCCUUGCUCCAGGAUCGACUGGCUAUGCGAUUGUGUUCAAUCGCGCGGCUCUGCAGAUAAACAUACAGAGUGUGCUGGACACACUGGGUCUUACCUACGUGCAGGGGUUGCUGCGGGAGGGCAAGUUGCACAUUGCUUUUUUGCAAGCAGACCGUGCGUUGCCCGCAGCAUUGGAGAUUGCAAGCGAGGCAAGAGCAGAGGCAAGCGAGGCAAGAGCAGAGGCAAUCGAGGCAAGAGUGAAG